AUGUCAGACUCCUGUGCUCUCAAUGCUGAUGGCACCCUCAAGGACACUUCCGAUAUCACGUUCUACAACGAUCCUGACGACAAUGUGCCCUUGCCACCAGUCCCAUCAAACGAUCCUGACAAUAAUGUGCCCUCAACGGAACCCAAGAAAAACACCUUCUCAGUUCUACUCAAGACUGGACAUACACCAGCAACUGUCACUGCAGGCUCUCAGCACAAGGAAGUGUGGACGCGCUAUAGGACACAGCUCAGCACUGACAUGGUACUUCCUUGCUCUGCCAUUCCACGGCAAUAUGCGCUCGACCCCCCCGCUCUAUCCGACUCCUUGCUGAUCGUGAUCCCGCUCAUACGCAUUCAAGCCGCUUGCGCAAGCGAAUCAGCCGAUGAUGAAUCAACGCGCAUCAUCGGUUGGUUGCGCGCGUAUUUUGCCCCUCUAGCUCACAGAUACUCAGACGAACCCCAUAUCCAUCCAUCCUUGUUCACUGGUGUGUAG